GGCACGCCAACAGCCUAGGGCCCGCCAGCCACUGUGGCACUGAUGCAGCUCAAUUUCUCCUUAUUAAAGGGUGCGGAUAAAAGUAAAAAAAAAGAGAGGAGGUCGGUUAAAAGUGGUGGUGGUCCGAUGAGAGGAGAUCUGCCUCUCCGACGGUCUCGUUCGCUAGAAAAUGAAGUGCCUCCGAUUCCUCCGCAAGUGCAUGAACACCAAACCUUCCCAUAGCCCUAUCCAUUUCUGCGCCCCUUCUAGAAUCCUCUGACGCACCAUCCGAGGGAUGAUUCCGCAUAAAAUCAAGAGAGGAGCAGCUGCCCUGGCGAGGUUGAAGGUGUACGAGGGAGUACCUCCGCCUUAUGAUAAAACCAAGAGGAUGGUUAUCCCUGAUGCUCUCAAGGUUUUGAGGCUCCAGGCUGGUCACAAGUACUGUUUGCUGGGUCGGCUAUCGUCUGAAGUUGGGUGGAACUACGCUGAUACAAUCAGGGAGCUAGAGGCUAAGAGAAAGAAGAGGGACUUGGCGGAGGAAUUGAAGCUCGCCGCACGCUCACGGAACCCACCAUCAUCGCCCGUGGAUCUUCAUCGUCAAGAGCUCUAUAUAUUGCUCAUUUUGGAGGUUUCGAAGAAGAUUAGCAGUACGGCUUACAUGUCGGCUCAAAAACUGUGGUUAUAGUGCUGUCUUAAGUUUAGAAAAUGUU